AUGGUCAAGAUUAGCUGUUCGCUGGUGGUGCUCCUUUCGCUUUGCGCUUGUUCAUACGCUCAAUAUGAGUAUCCACAGCAGCGUCCUUCGCCGGGAACUGGAGCUCAGCCUACUGGUGGGCAAGUAGACAAUCGUAUCCUUGGAAAUCUCCUCGGUGGCGGAGGAGGACUCCUUGGAGGCGGCGGUGGCGGAGGAGGACUCUUCGGAAAUUUGUUGGGCGGCCUUUUGGGUGGCAAUCGUCCGCAACCACAGCCCUAUCCAGUGCCAGUUCCCGCAUAUGGAGGCGGAUUCGGCGGUGGAUACCCAAUUGGAGGAGGCGGAUAUGCUGGCGGUCUUCCUGGUGGUUAUCCAGGUGGCUUUGGUGGCGGCUUCGGUGGCGGCUACGGUAAUCCAUACGGUGGAUAUUAUGGCUAA